AUGAUGCCUGCCCCAGGCGACCAACACCGCGAGAACGCGCACACCGUCAACCCCUUCGUCCCAGCACAGCCGCAUGUAUCGGAAUACACGGCAGCAGAAAUUGCAACGCUUCAGAGCCGGCUUCAGAAGCAACUAGGUCCAGAAUAUAUAUCCACACGGCCCGGCAAUGGCGGCGGGAAGGUGCAUUACCUCGCCGCCGACAAGGUGAUAGGUCUUGCCAACGACGUGUUUGGCUUCAAUGGCUGGAGCUCAGAGAUUCGGAAUGUCACAGUGGACUUUGUGGAGGAGCAUCCGCAGACGGGACGAAUCAAUAUCGGCCUGUCGGCAGUCAUGCGAGUGACGCUCAAGGAUGGCACCUUCCAUGAAGAUAUAGGAUAUGGCCAUUGCGAGAAUACGAAAGGAAAGGCUGCAGCAUUCGAGAAGGCGAAAAAGGAAGCGGCCACAGAUUCCAUGAAGCGAGCUUUGCGAAGCUUCGGCAAUGUCCUGGGCAACUGCUUAUACGACAAGGACUAUCUUGGUAGGGUCACGAAGGUGAAAGUGGCGCCUUCAAAGUGGGAUGAGGAGAAGUUGCAUCGCCAUCCAGACUUUGCGCCCAUCAAGCGUGAACCACCGCAGACACAGGAUCCUGCGCCCCAGAGGUCAGGCAAUGCGAUGCCGCGAAGCGCGAGCGCGCAGUCGAUGCGUUCCGUUGGAUCUGGCGAGUUCGAAGAUGACUUUGAUGGGAAUGAAUUUGAUGAGACUGAUUUCAACCAUCCUGACGAGGUGCAUGUAGAUGAGCCUGUGAUCUCGAAUGGGGCACAGAUGACUGCACAGCGAGCAAUCAACGGACCACAGGCGAACGCACAGCGACAGACUAUGACUCGGACAAAUUCAGUGCCACAAACGAGACCUCCGAAUAUGCCACAGCAACCGCCAAUGCAGAACGCACAAGCCCCACCCCACGCACCAAUGGCUGCUGCCCAGCCUCCGAAUAGGAUGCUCCCUCCACAAACACCAGGGAAUCAGCCCAGACCUCAGCAGCCACAAGUGUCGAAUGUCCAGGGGCAAGCGAAUGGUGAUGGAGUCAGAUCGAAUUCUUCAUCCGGUAGCACCGUCGGAUCGCCUGCAGCACAGGCUCAGCAGAGACAGAGUAAUGGCCAGGCACAUGUUUUAGACCAAGCACCAGCUCAACCACCACCCGGCGCGCCUGUAGGAUUUGUCUCUGGACGAGCAGCGGACGGAACACGACCAGGCGCUCCUGCAGCUUUCAAUCCACAUGCCGAGAGUCCCUCAAUACGGCGAACAAAUGGUAUCGAUCCGCGAGUGUCAGCGCCGAUCAAAAGGACACAGCUUGGAAACCAGACAAGCGCCAUUUCACCUGCACCUCUGCCAAAUGCUGCCAAUUCUUUCCAGACAGGAGCAGCGCCACCGCCGCAUGGGCUACCACGAGUAGGCGCGUCAAAUUAUGUCAAUCCUCAAGCAGACAUGAAUCGAAGAAUUGGGAUGCCACAACAAGGACGACCUGGAUUCCAAGGCGCAAACAAUUACAGACCUCCAACAGCAGUCAAAAGGCCCGCAAUGACAGACGUCACGAAUACGCACAUGAAUCAGAUGGACGGCGCUGGAGACCCCAAAAAGCCGAAGAUUGAAGGUGUCGCGACGAUGACAGCAAGAGGAGAAGCUGGUGUAGCAGAUCAGGCGCCUGUGGCAUAGUAUGGACGGCGCUGACAUGCUAACAUCAUGAUGAAAUGUUCAUUGCUUUACGAGCGAGGCGUUGGAGGCGAAAAAUUCUCAUCAUUUAGAUAACAUGGCUAGUUGUUGGCCAUGACACGAGGACUCUGGCUGAAAGGGUUAAUAGACGAAUGGAAUGAGAGGGCGAAACCUGUGUCUCGUCGACCUUUUGCAAGCGGCAUACGCACAAAUCAUGAUACAAUCGACGCUCUUCGCAGCAGAGCUUUUGAAGUGCAUUUUUAGCCUCUUCUUUCUUCUUCCUUUCAGAUAGUUACGCAACGACUGACUCCCUGUGC